GCCAAUUACUUUUCCUUCUGUUUUCCUUUAUAUACUUCAAGAUAAAUAUAGUAAAACUGUUUGGAGACAAUUUUGAUGUGAAAGGAUAUCAGCUCAAUUAAUACUUGAUCUGAAAAUGUUGCUUGAUUUUUCUUUUUUAAAUUCUCUUCCUUUUCAGCUCAGUGAUGAAAAUGAACAGUUAGUCAAGAAGUUGAAAAAACUACACAUAAAAAAUAAGGAUCUGGAAAAGAAUCUGGGUGAGAUCCAAGACAAACUGCAUCUGCAGCAGUUAAUGCAUGACUAUGUCACAAGCAGAGAUGUUCAAGUUCAAACAGAAACCCAUGUAUGGCAUAAGGGUGGAUACAGCAAGGAUCUUAAUCUAGAGGGUGACAGUGUCAGACUACUUCAGAUGUAUAGUGAUCUACAGAAACGUUACGUUAAAGAAAUCAAAACAAACCAGGAGCAAAGUGAAGCAAUUAAAAAUCUCACUAUUAAAAUUCAUGAGCUAGAGCAUAAUCUUCAAGAGCAGAGGCAAAGAAUUGAGCAACUGGAACGUAAAAAGGUUUCUUGGAAAACUAGUGGUAUUUCUGGAAAAAGAAGUCGAACCCCAGGGGGAGAAGUAACAUCUCGCAGGGACAUUUCUAAAGAGAAGGAAUCCUGUUGCAGUAAAUAUUUAGAGCUAUUGUUGAAGGAGAUUAAAAAGCUGAAGAAAGAAAAUGAAAAGCUGUCUACAGAAAGGAGAGCACUAAAAAAUGAAUUAGCUGGAUUAGACGAGGAUUUCUUUGAAGAGGUAGAAGAUCUAAAGCAUGCUGUACAGGAAUCUGUGAAACUGAAUAAUCAGUAUGAAAAGUGCUUGAAACAAAUAAGUGUAAUGUAUGGGCUUCCUUUUACAACACAUUUGUAGCUACUGAUUGAUUUAAUGGC